UUUAGUCUACCACUCUCCGCAGUAUUUAUGAUACUCGUCUCCUCCCUGUCAACAGGCCACCAUCCAGCUUGCUAUACAGGCACGAACCUCUACAUCACCCCCUUGAUCAUCUGAUAGCUGCGCGCACAAUAUGUCGGAACAAAGCGUGACGGAGUUCAUCUACUUCCACGUCAAGGACAGCGUCCGACCCGAAGACCCCGCCCACAGCGACGAGGGCGCCGCCCUCCUGCAGGUCUUCCAGAACACCAAGCACCAGAACGGGUACAAGGGGUCCGUCUGGGGUCGGGCCGUCGAGGACGAGAGUUUGAUCGUUUGGGCGAUUGACUGGACAGACGCCCACACCGGCGCAAACCCAACCACCACGCUGCACCCCUUCCUACCAGAGGACAACCCCGAAAUCACCACCAUCUUCGCCACCCUCACCCCUGCCACUUCCCCGUCUCCCUCUGGCGAUGCCAACAACAACAAAAGCCCAACCACCACAGAAACCCUGCGCAGCAACCCGGUCACCGAACUCUGGACCCCCGCCUUCCCCACCUCCCUCACGCCCGACGAAGUCAACGCCGUGCACGCCGACCUGAUCGGCCUGCGCGCCGCCGUCACCGAGCACCUCCCAGACGGCAAGCGGGCGGUGUCCUUUGCGCUGGGCCAGGUGGAGCGGCCGGGGACGAUGACGCACGAGCAGAGCGAGACGGGCGAGGCGUUUGUGGUAGUCGUCGCGGCUGGGUGGGCGAGCGUCGAGGUGCAUCUGGCUGGCAAGGAGACGGAGGCGUUCCAGGAUGCGAUUGGGAAGGUUAGGGGACGGUUGUUGGCGCCGGUGCGGGGGUUGGGCGGGUUGAAACAUUUUGGGUUUAGAGGGGUGUGAUCGAAGCCAAGUGUCUGAGGGUCCGAGGUUUUGGGAGAAGAGGGGCUUUGGGGGUGAAAUGGUUCCAUGAAUGGAGAUCGGUAGGUUAGCAGGGUACAGAAUAGGUAAUCACGAGGGUUUAUUGGUUUGUGUUGGGGUUUGUUUCUAAGGAUUGUAUGGUUGGUAUGGUUGGGAGUGAUGGUGAUGAUGAUAACGACGUUGCCAGAAGAUUAAAAUCAGAAUUCAAGCUGCUUCCUUUUUCUUUUGGUCACAC